AUGUUCACCUGUACCCCCUUCUUCUUCCUGGCGGCGGCGUGGGCCACGGGUGCAUCGGCGCAGACGGACCUCACUUCCGUGUUGGCUGCAAAUAGCAAGAUGCUGAGCACAUUGACCGGCCUCCUCCAAAACAAUCCUACGCUGGCCGACAACCUUGACAACUUGAGAAACGUUACCAUUCUCGCACCCUCCAACGAUGCGUUUUCCAAGUUCAUGUCGACUUCUAACGGGGAGGCCACGACUGGCAACACAGCUAGGGUGACUGCGCUUUUGCAAUACCACACCAUCUCCCCCAAAGUUUUGAACGGCACCCACAACUCCUCCGGCAUUACCACCACCCCCGCCUACGUUUCCACUCACCUCACAAGCCGAUCCUACACCAACGUCACAGGCGGCCAAGUCGUCAGAGCCGAGAAGACCAACAACAAAGUCACGUUCAUGAGCGGGCUGAAGGAAAUGAGCACCGUGACCAAAGGGGAUAUCACUUUCAGAGGCGGCACCCUGCACAUCAUCGACAGAGUCCUCACGAUACCUAUGCCUGUGUCGCGGGUCGCAUUAGAUAGCAAUCUGAGAGAAAAUGCUGAUCGCGAAUGUCUCAAAAAGUUGGCCCUCGCCGGGGCUCUUCGCACUUCCAACCUCGUCUACGCUUUUGACAACUCCCGUGACCUGACUAUCCUCGCGCCGUCCAACACGGCCUUCCAGCGCAUCGGCUCCGCCGCCUCGGACCUGACGAACGACACGGGCGCGCUGAGGACCAUCCUCGAGUACCACGUCCUGAACCGCACGCUUGGCUACGCCGGCAGAUUGCGGAACAGGGACUACCCGAGCGUCAUGGGCAGCCAGGUCCGGGUGCAGAUGGAGAACCGGAGGACGUUUGCCAACUCGGCCCAGGUGGUCAUCACCGAUAUCCUGGUGGCGAACGGCGUGAUGCAUGUUGUAGACAACGUCCUUAACCCCUCCAACACUGAGCAGAGCCCGAACCCGACGGCCACCACGCAGUCCGUCGCCUUCCAGGGCGUCACCUCCGUGCCCUCGGUCCCGUUCACCAGCGGCGUGUCCGCGACGACGACGGCCCCGAGCGCAAGCACCAAGACGGCGGCCGCCGUCCGGGUCGAGGGUGCCGUGGGCGUCGCGGCGCUGCUGGAUUACUACUACUACUAUUACCACUACCCUGGCUCUGGCUCUGCGCGCAGGAUUAGUUGGGAUCGGAGUUGUGUUUUCCUUCGAGCUGCUGCUGCCAUGGCCUACGGCCGUAGACUUUUUGUAGAGGAAAAGUGCUCCCUUGACCCCUCAAGCGAUGCCGAAGCAUUGUCGCCGAAUGUAGAGCCGGCUGUGUUACGGAUUGGUGAAGGCACCAGCUGCCAGAGAAUGGGCUAUGAAGAUCAAGGCCGUCCACACGACCCGGGACGAGACGACGGUCCGCAGCGAGGCAGCCCGGUCACCACCGGCGCCGCCUUCCGACUGCAGUUUACCAUCCGGGGCGCCCGCUCCCCUGCACCCAAAACCCAGGGCCAGCACAGCGAUGCUGAUGAUGCAGAAGGUGAGGUUUUUCAGGCGAGCAAUGUACGUGUUGAACUGGGCGUCCUGAAGCGCGAUGCCGAAGCCGGCAAGGGAGUAGCAGACCACGAGACCGAGGAACGGUGGCCGGGACGCAACGACGGCGGAUGCGAGGCCUUGGAUCGUCGCGCCGAGCACCAGCAGCCGUCCCAGGCCCAGGCGGUUACUGAGCGCGACGUUGAGCAGGGAGGCCAGGCUGAAGCCGAGGAAGGAGAACAGGAAGGCCAGCAAGAUCUGGCGGUCGGGGAGUCUCCGUAUUAG